AUGAACGCGCCGCAAUACGGAAAGCGCUUGAUUCCCCAAGUACUUGACGAGAUCGCCAACACAGAUCCCGACGCGGAAAUCUUCUCGGCGCCUCGCUCAUCCGACCCCAAGGAUGGAUGGAAGAAAGUGACCUACUGGCAGGUUGCGAACGCGGUAAACCGCAUAGCUCAGCUGAUUGUCGGCAAAAAGGGCAGACCUGAACCGGGGACCUUUCCCACGCUCACCUAUAUCGGACCAAGCGAUGUGCGCUACGCAAUUAUUACAAUCGCCUGUAUCAAGGCAGGAUACAAGGCCUUGUUAAUCUCACCCAGAAAUUCUCACAAGGGUCAGAUGAAUCUUUUGGAGCAGACAGACUGCAACAUUAUCUGCUGCGACUCAUCAUUUGACCAUGUUGUCCAGCCUCUGGCAAAAGAGCGUCAAAUGGACAUUAUUGUGGUCAGCUCUGCUGAAGCUUGGCUUGAAGACACUGAGGUGCAGCAUUUCCCUUACAUCAAGACCUUUGAAGAGGCCAAGAUGGACCCAGUUGUUGUGCUCCAUACAAGCGGUAGUACUGGCCUGCCGAAGCCUGUUGUUCUCCGUGUUGCUAUGGUUGCUGUUGGCGAUGCUUUUCACAACCUCCCAGACUUUAUGGGUUCCAUGAACUGCAUCAAGUCCAUCACGCUUGGCGAGCGCCUCUUUCUGCCAAUGCCUCUUUUUCACGCUGCUGGGUGCUGCAUGUCAAUCUUGUCUGCCAUCUACUGGAAACACCCUGUUGCCCUUGGCUUUACAAAUCGUCCUUUAACGCCGCAGGCUGUUCUCGAUGCUCUUCAGUACGCCAAUAUCGACAAUGUUAUAUUGCCCCCCUCGAUAUUGGAAGAGAUGGCUAGUAUGCCUGAGGGUGUUGACUGGUUGAAAAAGAUGAAGAGGGUGCAUUUUGGCGGCGGUAACCUCGCCCGUGAUGCCGGGGACUUGCUUACCAAGGCCGGAGUCCCUGUAUCCAGCCUUAUUGCGUCCACUGAAACCGGUGUUCUGCCGUAUUUCUUCCAGAAGAACCUAAAUCUCUGGCAAUGGUUCAUUAUCGAUUCAGACUGCAUGGGAGUCAACUGGCGCCAAAUUACUGAAGAGGAAGAUAUCUACGAACAAAUUAUCGUGCGCAAGGAUGAAGAGGAUCCUCUUCAGGGUAUCUUCUACACUUUCCCUGAGGCUAAGGAGUAUAGUACGAAGGAUCUGUACUGCAAGCACCCCACGCUGCCUAACCACUGGAGGUACUACGGUCGAGCUGAUAACAUUAUCACCUUAUCCAAUGGUGAGAAGUUAAACCCUUUAACUAUCGAGGAAAUUGUUACAGGUCAUCCGAGAGUCAAGGGCGCCAUCGUUGCUGGAGCUAUGCGCUUCCAGCCUCUCCUCAUUAUCGAACCUAUAGAGGACAUCAAGUCUGGGGAGGAGGAGAAGCUCAUUGACGAUAUCUGGCCACUGGUUGUCAAGGCCAACAAAGAGACUGUUGCCCAUGGCCAGAUUAGUCGCCAGUUCAUCAGCGUCACCUCCGCCAAGAAACCUUUUCCCCGCGCUGGAAAGGGUACCAUACAGCGACAUAUGGCUUUGAAACUUUACAAUGAUGAAAUCAAUGAAUGGUACAAGAAAGCUGAGGAUAACACGGAAUUUGUUCCAGUCGAUAUCGAUAUCGACAUCACCUCUCAGCAGGCUCUCACCAGCUCCAUCGAGAAACUCUUCCAGCACAGCCUUGGUAGCAGAGCCUUGUCUGCGGAUACCGAUUUCUUCAAUGCUGGAAUCGACUCUAUGCAGAUCAUCAACGCCUCCCGUAUCCUCCGCCAUGGGCUCAAGGCUGCUGGUGCCAACAUCUCCGCAGACACGAUCGCCACCCGUGUUAUAUACGGGCACCCAACCCCUAGACAGUUGUCUGCCUAUCUUAUCGACUGCAUCAGAAAUCAAGCCGACGACAAUAGUACGACGACAGCUGAGGAUGGUUCCGGUCGCCCCAACCACGAUGUAGCCGUCAUGGAGUCGCUGAUCCAGGAGUACACCCGCGAUUUGCCCCAGAUGCAUGGCAGCAAGCCCGCGCCCAACGACCAGGGCCAGACCAUUCUUAUCACUGGUACAACAGGUUCUCUUGGGUCUUACAUGCUCGACUUCAUGGAGUCCAACCCUGCGGUAACAAAAGUUAUCUGCCUCAACCGCAGCAACGAUGGCUACGAACGCCAGAUGGAGAUAAGUGCCGAGCGUGGCCUCAACACCAGCUGGAAAAAGACUGAAUUCCUCUGCGCGGACUUGUCAAAGAGCAAUCUUGGCCUCAAGCCCGAUGUUUACAAUAGACUUCUAAAGGAAGCCGACCGCAUUAUCCACAACGCCUGGCCUGUCAACUUCAAUAUCUCCUUGGAGACCUUUAAGCCGCAUAUUCGGGGCGUCCGCCACUUCAUCGACUUCUCCCUCCAUGCUACCAAGAAUGUGCCUAUUAUAUUCAUCAGUAGUAUUGGCACUGUCAACCGUUGGGCUGGCCCUAUCCCAGUUCCCGAGGAGAAGCUUGAGGACUUGUCUCUGCCAACUGGCGGCUAUGGACGCUCUAAGCUAGUCAGCUCUCUGAUUCUCGAUGAGGCAACUCAGAGUUCUGGUGUUCCAACCGCCAUCGUUCGUGUUGGUCAAAUUGCUGGUCCUCAGUCCAAGUCCGGUUGCUGGAAUCGUCAAGAAUGGCUGCCGUCCAUUGUCGCUAGCUCAGUCUAUCUUGGAAUCUUGCCCAAGGACCUUGGCGACGAGAGCAUGGUCAACUGGACGCCGGUUGAGGGCAUUGCCAACCUGAUACUCGAAGUCUCGGGAAUUGCUGCGCCCGUCCCUCUACAGAAAAUCAACGGGUACUUUCACGGCGUCAACCCCCGCACUAUCGAGUGGGAGAAGCUUGCAAUCGCGAUCAAGUCCUUUUACGGUGACCGCAUAGAGAAGCUUGUCUCAUUCAAGGAGUGGUCUAAAGCUUUGGAGGAGAGUGCGUCCUUGGCAAGAGAUGUCGAGAAGAACCCUGGGAUAAAGCUGCUCGAUUUCUACCAAGAUUUGGCUUCUGGUGGGGGGACUGUUAAGUUGUCGAUGGAGCGUACUAUGGAACAGAGCAAAACGAUGAAGGAGAUGCAGGCUGUAACUCCAGAGCUGGUGCAGAACUGGUGUAGACAGUGGGGAUUCUGA